AUGUCACUAAUAUCGGCCUUUCGGCCGCGCUCUACAAGAAUUUCCUCCAUUCGAGACGCAAGCCGUGCUCGACGACGUAGGCGGCCAAGCAGACAUGAACAAUCGGAGUUUGACUCUGAGGGCCAUCUUCAAGAUCCAGAUGCUCACUCUAUUAUCACACCCUCAAAACAUACGCCAAGACCUCUACGAAUUUUACGAGGCUCAGUGGCUGCUGGUGGUCCGCUUCGUCCAUUUCGUUUAGUCAAACAGGACAUCGCCAAUCUCCGUCGACGGUAUUUGUCUGACUGGACAAUUUUCAAUCAACUGGUGUUUGCCAGCGCUGUGUAUGUUUUCUUUACAAAUCUUCUACCAGGAAUCACUUUCGCGAGUGAUCUAUAUGUCCUCACUGGUAAGAGCUGGGGAACUAUUGAAGUUGUCUUGAGCACAGGGUUGUGCGGGACUAUCUUUUCACUAUUUUCAAUUCAACCCCUCACAAUCCUUGGCGUGACCGGUCCUUUCUCGGUCUUGGCUGAGAACAUCUACUCAUUAUGCGAGGAGGUCUUUAAAAUUCCUUUCCUUCCAUUCAUGGCAUGGUCUUUGAUUCAUUCCGGCUGGAUGCACUAUGUCCUAGCGAUCAUCAAUGCCCAUGACUGGACAAUGCGCUAUGUGACGACCUUUGCUACGGAAAUCUUUUCCCUGCUGAACAGUAUCAUCUACUUCCACAAAGCUAUUCAAGAGCUCGAAAGAGCACACGGCAGUUUAUCAUUCGCGGCGUUUCUCUACGCCGUCAUUGGCGCAGUGGGAACAACGCUUCUUGCUAUCUUCCUAUCCACGGCAGAGAGUUGGAAACCCCUUUUUCAUCGCUACAUUAGACUGGGUCUGACUGAAUACGCCGCUGCAAUCUCAAUUAUUGUGUUCAUCGGCUUGCCUUAUGUGGGCGAGUUGGCUGACCUCGAUAAAAUGACAUUACCGGUCAGCACAUCAUUUCGACCAACAUCCCCAGAGCGGGAGAUUUUUUUCGUAGAGUUUUGGAAACUACCAGUCUCAUGGAUCUUUGCUUCAAUGAUCCCCGGUCUAAUCAUUACGGUAUUAUUCUUCUUCGAUCAUGAAGUCAGCUCAAUCAUAUGCACUAUCGAUCGAUAUGGCACGCGGAAACCAGGCGGAUUUGCUUGGGAUAUCAUUUUACUUGGCACCACUACAGCUCUUUGUGGUAUUCUGGGAAUACCGCCUUCUAAUGGCCUUCUCCCGCAAGCUCCUUUGCAUUCUGAAUCCCUUAUGCACGAGGAAACAGAACAGACAAGUGUCAUCGUUGAUGGAGAAGAGAAGAUUGAAACAAGGCAGGUUAAGCGUGUUUACGAGCAGCGCUGGUCGACAUUUCUUCAUUCGGGAGCUAUUUUGCUCUUCCUGAGCCCCCCGUUUAUGAAAGUCCUCGGCUUGACGCCGACCAGUGUGCUGGCUGGACUGUUCCUUUUCAUGGGAGAGCAGAGCUUAUCGGUGAACCCUAUUCUAUAUCGCACUUUCUAUCUCCUUACUCCGCCAUCUGAGCUACCACCACUCCCACAGUCCUUGCACAACGUGACGAAGCCAGGCCCAGCGAAUAGCCAAGAGACGCCGUCUAGCAGCCCAUCUUAUCUCCCAAUCCAUCUUUAUACGAUCUUACAAAUCUGCCUUACAGUCGUGAUAUUUAUCCUGACACUAACAAGAGGCGCACCUGCAUUCCCAGUGCUGAUAAUCGCCCUCGUACCCUUCCGUCUUUUGAUCAUGAAACGCUGGUGGCCGCGUGAAGUUCUUCGAUUCGUGGAUGCCUGGGCUUGUCGUGAGGGGACACCAGAAGACGAAGAGGACGAAAUGUUGAACAAAAGUCGUGCAACAGAUGAAGGUUCCGACGGCGAUCACUCAAUCGGCGAAGGUGUUUGUCGCAGCCACUCUGAGUCUGGUAAGGCAUCGCCACUCGCAGAGUCAUCUACCAUGUCGUCGCAACGAAAUGACAAUAAUUUGGAUCUGGCAGACCAGAGGGCACGGAGCAUGAAUAAUGACGAAACGAAUCACGAAUGGAUCGAGCUUGGUAACCAUGCGUUUCCAGACGAGGAGCUAGGGCAAAGGAAAUAA